GUGAGUCGUAUCAGUGGUCAGCCUGUAACCAAGGGAGAUAACGAUUGGUGGACUGUCCCCUCAAGAAACACCAGAUCCAGGAUUUUGUCCACGACGACCUUAGAGGGGGCGAAAAGAGGAGGGAAAAGCAGCAUUUGUGUUCUGUAGUGUUCGUAUACCUUACAUACGGGAAGUUAUCACUCAACUGUUACAGUUUAUACGUCGCUUCGAAGAAGUAAGUUCGUCAAGAUGAAGCAAGGUGUUCGAGCAUGUUAUGGCGCCUCCGUGGUUGCGUCAGUGGCGGGAAUUUUAGUACUCCUAGCUGGAGUUGUGGCCAUGUUCUGCACAGUUCACGCCAAGGCUAACUCCAGCGAAUACGAUGGAAUGCGGUUCACUGUAGCAGUAGUAACAGCAGGUUUCCUAGUCUUACUACUUGGCUUUGGAGGAUGUGUCUACGGAUUCUGGUGGCACUUAACGGAUGAGGAGGAAAAGAAACCGGAACCAGAAAAAACGGAUCCCCCUCCUCCUGCUUCUCCAUUUCAUCUAGCUGCCCCUACUCACUUCAUGUACGCCCCCCCUCCGCCAAUGUUUACGCCUGUGUACCCAGGUGGCUAUGCGUUGCCAGGACAACCAGAUAAUGCUGCACCUAAGGUUUCCCCAUCAGGAGCGAAACCACCGGAAGUUCAGCCCGAGAAUCCGGAAGAAGAAGAAGAAGAAAAACCAAGUGAUGAAACCCAGCAGAAUUAUUAAAUAUUUAGGACGCCAAAAUUUGCGAGUCUUUAUUACCCAGAUAGAAUGAAAAACGCUUUAAAAUAUUUUACAAAUUAUAUUUUAUAACUUCUUGUUUUUUUUAAAUUCGAUGAAAAAAAAUUCAAAGUGCGGUAUAAUAUACUUCUGAUGUUUUGUUGCCUCAUCAAAUCGUUACAAGUACUAAUAUCCUGUACCCAAAAGCCUUAGAAUAAUUAACUUAUUUGUACAGAUUCAGAAGUACUUCAGUCUUGUUUAGCG